CAGGCUGGAGGAACUCCGGACUUCAUGCAGAAGUUUCUCUCUGACAUGCAAGUGUCUUGCGAGCACGCGCGACAAGAGGCUUGCCGGUCUCUUCGGGACUGGGGAGAUGAGCUCCGCGAAAGCACGCUCUUGAAACUUGGCGACAGCCUCUUCUCGGAGCUCACGUCCAGGGCACUGACAGAGCUAUCACAAACUGCGCAUGACUCGCACCAAGCGACUGUGCAACUUUGGAUAGAAAAUGAUAAGAAGAGGGCUGCUCAUGAGAAGGGCCUCAAUCCACGGUUGGCAGACGCGAACAAAAGUGCUGAACUCCAGGCGCUGGUGGAAGCUGAAGCGCAACGCCAAGCAGAUGCGUUUCGAACCUGUCAAGAGGACAGGGCCCGGAUGGCAUCGGAGCUGCGUACUGCCAGUGAAAGCUUCGUUUGUCGCUUAACGACGGUGACGGAAGUUUCGAUUCGACUUUUGGAUCUUCUUCCUCUGCACAGUCAUUUCGGAGCUCUUCCUGGAGAUGAAAAGGUAGAGCCCCCCCGGAUGUCCAUCAAACGACGGAUGCGGCGGCUGAACGCGGAAGAGGAAAAACCAUCAGAGCCCGUUCCAAAGGCAGCAGCAAAGGGCAAAGCUGCAGCAAAGCCUCCAGCAGAAGAAGAAAAGGACACCAAAGACACUGGGCUCCCAGAGCGUCAGUGGCAAGGCAUUCCAAAGUAUGAACUGCGCGCCUUGUUCUUUGGUGACUCGUGGCCAGAAGAUCCCAUGCUUGCUGAAAGUGACAUCGACGAAAAGAAAAAAGAGCUCACCGAAACAUUGAAGUCCUUUAGAUCGCCGGUACACCGUAGGAUCAUCAAAGGGCGGCUUGAGUGCUACGAAAAGUACAAGCAGAGCUUCACAGCGGAAGUCCAACGCAGAAGUGCUGAGAUGUCUGUCCGAGAGGCAAAAGAGGAGGCUGGAGAGAGGAAUUGGCAGUCCAUGAUUCGCCAACUGAGUGGAGAAUAAGCACAAUGUAAUCGAACGCGACAGGGUCAUUGCUGUUUCUUUGCAAAAACCGCAGAUCCCAG